AUGUCGCCCCCUCCCAAAGGUACCGACGUUCAUGCCAUCUCUCAAGCGCUUGUCCUCCAAUCGGUCCCGGAGAACAAUCAGCUCGCCUUGGCUCCUUACACAGGUCUCCAUAGCCAGGUUCCCCCUGAGAUCCGCGCCGUCCGCUCCGCACAGCUCAACAAGCUCACUGAAGGCCCCAUGGGUUUACCCACUCAAGACAUGGCUCUGAAUCCCCAGAACUUCCCCUUCAUGGAGAGUACGAUCCAAGCUGCGCCUGUCGGAUACGGUGUCGUCAAGAUCAAAAACAUCCCCUUUGGCACCAAGCGCGCUGAGAUCAUUGCUUUCCUCGGCCGGAACUCCAAGAUCCUCAAUGACAACCAGGAGCCGGUGCACAUCAUCAUGGAGCGCGUUUCGUCCAAGACUCAGGACUGCUAUGUCGAGUUCAUGACCACCCAGGACGCUGUGAGGGCGGUGGAUCGACACCGUGACAAUUUGACGAAGGGACGUCCUUCGCGUCUCGGCGAGCGCCCUGUCGAGGUGCUGCUGUCGAGCCAGGCAGCGCUCAUGCAGGAUUUGUUUCCACUCGCUUCCGGCGUCUGGUGGAAUGGCGGGAAGCCUGUCAUUCAGGCGCCGGUUGACGGCCAACCGUGGAAGACGUUCAAGGGCUUCGUUACCGAGGAGGAGAUGACCAUGCUAGUCAAACACGUCGAGAUUCCCCAGCGCUCCCCUUACUCCAAGGAGUGUCCUCAGCGCCCGUACGAGUGCAUGAUCUCCACCAUCAAGAAGCUGCCCUGGUACGUGGCAGAUCGCAUCACGCUCCGCCAGCGUCAUGCCAUCUACGAGGCCACCGUCAAGCUCAUCGGCCUCCUUAAACAGGCUCUGCAGCGCGACAAUCGCCCCUACGAGACCACCAUCAACCAGCAGCUCAUGAAGCGUCUGGUGACCGCCGCCAUGCUCUGCCCGGGCUUCUCGGUCGUGCAAAAGGAUAACAUCGCCGUGCUCGCUGAGAUGGAGCAGGACCGCACCCUCAUGUUCAACCAACCUCGCUUCGCCGAGCAGUGGGUGCACCUGCAUGGCAUCUGCCCCAAGCCGGGCAUCCCCAUCGACGUGCUCGAGUGGUACAUUGCCGUCAUCCGUGAGGAGACAACGCGCUACGUUCAGAGCAAGCACAUUGUCGAGCGCAACGAGAUCCAGCGCACCAGCGCCUACACGUCGCUCUACUUUGGCUACAUCUGGUACGAGCUUGGCCUGCCGACUGGAAAGGAGCUCGAUAACCUCAGCCUGCACGAGGUGGCGCGCCGUGAGCUGGCUAUCAUUGAGCGCGCCCUCCGCCGCGUGCUCCCCGAUGUUUCCUCCAGCGAGGCCUAG